AAAUAUGAAAUAAGGAGGUUUCUUUGUAAAUUAUCUAGGUUACAUAGUAAAAUGAAAACCACGCGUACUAUUUUCUUAUUUCCUAGUUCCAUCGGCUCAAGCAAGUCAUCUCCAAUCUCAAAGGUGUAAUUUGGUUCAACAACAAUGUCAAGGGCUAAUGAUUCUUGUCCUUUGGUAAAGAACAUUCUUCUUCUAGACUCUGAAGGGAAACGUGUGGCUGUCAAGUAUUACUCGGAUGAUUGGACAACUAAUGCUGCCAAGUUAGCUUUUGAAAAAUAUGUCUUCACGAAGACCGCUAAAACCAAUGCUCGCACAGAAGCGGAGAUCACGCUGUUGGAGAAUAACAUUGUUGUCUAUAAGUUUGCCCAGGACCUUCACUUCUUUGUUACGGGAGGUGAAGAUGAAAACGAGCUCAUCUUAUCAUCUGUUCUACAAGGCUUUUUUGAUGCUGUUGCAUUACUUCUCAGGAACAAUGUUGAAAAGAUGGAAGCCCUUGAAAACUUGGAUCUCAUCUUUUUGUGCCUUGAUGAGAUGGUUGAUCAGGGGAUGGUAUUGGAAACAGAUGCCAAUGUCAUUGCGGGAAAAGUAGCAAUGCAGAGCGCAGAAACAAGUAGUUCACUCUCUGAACAGACAUUAACGCAAGCAUUCGCAACGGCGCGAGAGCACCUGGCAAGAAGUCUUUUAACAUGAUUUUCAUCGUGGAAGCAAAAUGAUCUUUAAUCAUGAGCUUUAAUAGCCAUAUCUGAAAUUGUUGCUGUUCACUAGAGAUGAAUGCAUGUUUACUCAAGUAUCUUUUAACUGAUUUUCUUACAAAUCGUUUACUUAUAUCGUUUCCUUCUUGAAUUUGGAUCUAUUAUUUUUGUUGUUGGUUACCAAUACUUCCAUAUUAUAUUUUAUUCUUCUUGAGAAUUA